UUUUCGUCCGAGAACUGUCUCAUUCUAUGACUGUCUCUUGAGUGAAUCUUCGCAAAUUUUCAGUCCAAAAUUUUGAAUAUGUCAGACCUUCGCCGUAAAUCCUCUUUCACCUUCUCCAAAGACGCCAAAUUUAAUUUCGUCCGGAAAAUUUCGUCUGAACUUCUAGCACCUGCACCGAGGAAAUCCCCAGCGGCCUUCUACUUUCACUCCAUUAGUCCACGCACAUCCAAGCGCUUCCAAAUUCACGUAGACGAGACAAAAUCUGGUGGAAUUCUUAUAGAGGAAGCUUCCCUCUCCGAGAAAUCUGUACCAGAUAAAGCCCACCUAUCUCCCGUCCGCUCAAUAGCCAAAGACUUACCAUAUUCCGAAAUUUGUAGGUUAAGAGCACUAAAAGUUAAGAAACGAAUGAAGCGGCCCGUCAAGGACGAACUGGAUGCAAUGCAGAAUAGUUACCACAAGGCCCUGCACCAGGUCCGCCUGAAUCGUAUCUUUGCGAACCCAGUUCUGAGCAAGGCCAAAUUCAAACCAGUGACGUUGACUCAUGAUGAAGAAUUGCGCCUCAGCGUCUUAUUGUUGAGUUAAAUUCAGCCUAAAUCUGAGUCCAGUGCUGCGUUUCGUCCGGCCAUUAAUCGAAGAUUCACUCAUUUCGGAUCCGCAGCCAAAAUUCAUCUGUCAUCGCAUUCUCACAUACAUUUUCACUGUCAAAUCGUAAAACGUCAAAUCAGGUUUUGUGUCCAAAUUCUGGACGUCAAACUCACAAAUAAACAUUACUACA